AUGAAGUCAGCAGCGGCGAUAAUGUCAGGCCUAUCUCUCUCUACAACGCCGCGUCCCUCCGCCUACCUUUCCCCCGCCACCACCCUUUCUUCCCACCGCUGCCUCCGCUUUUUCUCUCUAUCGCUCCCGAUUUACCGUUCUCUCAACUUCACGAAGAGACCCCCAAUUCAUGUGAAUCAUAGUAAUCCAAUGCUCAUCAUUCGAAAUUCUUCGUCCAGCUCUUCCGGUUCUUAUUCGAUCACAGCCAAACCUUCUUCCGAGAUGCACAAGAAUCAGAACGGUAACAGUAGAGGAAUGGAGCAAGAUCAGAAGCUUAUUGCUCUUCGUGAGCAAUUCGGGAAGCCGGGUAUUAAUAUCGAUGCAUAUAUCAUCCCUUCCCAGGAUGCCCAUCAGAGUGAAUUUAUUGCUGAGUGUUAUAUGAGAAGGGCCUACAUAUCAGGUUUUACUGGUAGUGCCGGCACUGCUAUUGUUACAAGGCAUAAGGCAGCUCUUUGGACAGAUGGGCGAUAUUUUCUCCAGGCAGAGAAGCAGUUGAGCUCAAGCUGGACCCUCAUGCGUGCUGGUAACUGGGGUGUGCCUAAUACUACUGAGUGGCUUAAUGAUGUUUUAGCUCCUGGUGGCAGGAUUGGCAUCGAUCCUUUUCUUUUUUCUUCUGAUGCUGUAAAUGAAUUGAAGGAAGCUGUUGCUAAAAGCAGUCAUGAGUUGGUCUACUUAUAUGAUGUUAAUCUCGUGGAUGAAGUAUGGAAAGAAGCAAGGCCAAUGCCUCCAAACGAGCCAAUCCGAGUGCAUGACCAUAAAUAUGCCGGUGUAGAUGUGUCGACUAAACUAUCUAACCUGAGGUCUGAACUCACCGAUGCUGGUUCAUCUGCAAUUGUUAUCUCUAUGCUUGAUGAAAUUGCCUGGCUACUGAACUUGAGAGGAAAUGAUGUUCCACAUUCUCCUGUUUUCUAUGCGUACUUGAUAGUGGAGAUCGAUGCGGCAAAGCUGUUUGUUGAUAACUCCAAAGUCACCCCUGAAGUGAUGGAUUACUUGAAGAAAGCUGGCAUAGAGCUAAGAUCAUACGAGUCCAUUCUUUCUGAAAUCGAAAGCUUAGCUGCUCGAGGGGCACACCUUUGGUUGGAUACAACAUCAGUUAAUGCUGCUAUUGCAAGCACAUAUGCAAUUGCCUGUAACAAGUUCACAGAAAACCUUGGUAGUAAAAGCAAAGGAAAGGACUUCGCAACUCGUGGUUCCAAUCGCUUAUCUAGCGCGCCUUGUGCAUUGUGUAAGAGCUCUCCCGUAUCUCUAGCUAAAGCAGUGAAAAAUCAUGCCGAGCUAGAAGGGAUGCGUAAUUCUCAUCUAAGGGAUGCCGCUGCUCUUGCUCAAUUUUGGUCAUGGUUGGAAGAGGCGGUGAAUAAGAAUGUGAUACUCACCGAGGUAGAAGUUGCAGACAAACUUCUUGAAUUUCGUUCAAGCCAAGUUGGUUUUGUUGAUACCAGCUUCGAUACUAUAAGUGGUUCUGGUGCAAAUGGUGCUAUUAUACAUUAUAGAGCAGAACCAGAUAGCUGUAGCAUUGUGGAUGCACAUAAACUCUUUCUACUAGACAGUGGGGCUCAGUAUCUUGACGGGACAACUGAUGUAACCCGGACAGUACAUUUUGGUGAACCUUCUGAACGACAAAAAGAAUGCUUCACCCGAGUUCUUCAGGGCCAUAUAGCUCUCGAUCAAGCAGUGUUUCCAGAAAAUACCCCAGGUUUUGUGCUGGAUGCAUUUGCGCGUUCUUCCCUUUGGAAGGUUGGACUUGAUUACCGGCAUGGAACCGGGCAUGGGGUAGGAGCUGCACUGAAUGUUCAUGAAGGUCCACAAAGUAUAAGCUUCCGAUUUGGCAAUAUGACUCCCAUGCUCAAAGGCAUGAUUGUCAGCAAUGAACCAGGCUAUUAUGAGGACCAUGCCUUUGGUAUUCGAAUUGAGAAUCUUUUAUUCGUCAAAGAGAUUGAUACUCCUAAUCAUUUUGGAGGAAUUACAUAUAUUGGAUUCGAGAAGCUUACUUUUGUCCCUAUACAGACUAAAUUGGUUGACUUAAGCUUGCUCUCUGCUGCUGAGAUUGAUUGGCUCAAUGAUUACCAUUCACAAGUUUGGGAGAAGGUUUCAUCAUUGGUGGACGGGUCUGCACGUGAGUGGCUUUGGAAUAACACACGUCCAGUUGCAAAACCAUGAUCCGUUGUGCUGUUGCCUUUCUACGUGGGUAUACAAUAAGGGUUGUGUCGUAUGUCAUCUGUAUAUAGAACAUGGUACUUGUGAACCCUUCAUGGUCGUUGUGGACUUGCUAUGCAAGAUUCUGUGUACAAAUACAAAUUCAGUCGAUAAUCAAAACAGAUUUAUUCUACUUGUUUGCUCA